AUGGCGGCGAUGGAUGUCAUUGUGGACAGUUUGGUGUCUCUGCGGAGGAUACCUGUGCUCCGACAGGGCUUCCCCUGGAUCUUUCUGCUGUUUUCCUUGGUGGGGUCGGUUCUCAAAGACCUGGAGCUCGUCCCGCAGACUUACUUUAGCAGCAGCAAAAACGUCCUGAACGUAUAUUUUGUCAAAGUGUCGUGGGGUUGGACGCUGCUGCUGCUGACGCCCUUCAUCCUCCUGUCCAACUCGGCCUUCAGCAGGAACAUUUCCUUUCUUGGCCGCCGCUUGUUGUCUUUGCUGGUAGCGACAGCUGUGUGGUACGUAUGCACAGAGACCUUCUUCUACAUCGAGGACGUCACCGGCGCUUGUUAUGAAAACAGGACUUUGCUUGUUGACGAGUUUACAACCAAAGUAACGUGCAGGCGGGCCGGUUUGCUGUGGCGUGGGUACGACAUCUCAGGACACUCCUUCAUCCUGACCUACUCGACCCUCCUCAUCAUAGAGGAAACGUCUCCUAUGGUCUUGUUGAGGACAGCCACGCAGUCUUCACUGUCCAAGACGGUCCUCAGCCUGCUGUACGUGGCCUUGAAUGGGAUCACAGUUCUGUGGGUGUGGAUGUUUGUCUGCACCUCUCUUUACUUUCAUGACCUGUCGCACAAGCUGCUGGGGACCCUCUGUGGCCUGCUGGGGUGGUAUCUGACAUAUCGGGUGUGGUAUCUAAAGCCUUUCUCACCAGGACUCCCUCCUCAGCGCCAACCAAAAGAACAGAAACAGCAUGCCUAAGCCAAACCUCAACUUCUCUCAGCAGAUGGUUGCUAUUUUUACUAAACACACUCGACGACAUCGUUUGUAUCUGGGUCCAAGCUUGAAGCUAUUUUAAGUUUUUCCCU